CUCGCCAGCACGGUCCUCCAAGAGAGUUCUCUUUUAACUUGGAGUCACCAGCGACAUUAGGAGCGUCCCGUGAGUUAGGUCGGGAGAAACCUCAUGAUUCAGUGUUUAUCAUCGCAGUCGCUUGCACACCAACGAGUUUUGCCGGUUGGUGAAAGCGAAAUCAGAAACUACAGAGCUUGCGCAAUUCACAAGUUUUAUCAGUGGAGCCGUGCUUGAGCUAGCUUAAGGUGCUAGCUCAAGGAGUCAGCCAGCCAUUUGUCUCAGUAUGUUGCGGGGGGUGACUAGUUAACGGAGGUAGCUGCCAUACUAUUUUUUUCUCUCAAUUAUUUGUGAGCGAUAUGUUUUUGCGAGGGGAGCGAGGGAGCGACACAGCGAUUGCCUGGAAGUCCGAGAGACUGCUCCGACACCAUGGAUAAAUAACUACAACAGCUGCUCCGUUGAUGUGCGUGAGAGAGAAAAGGUCAGGAGGACAACAUCAGCGACUAUGAGCAGGGCAGGACAAAAGGACAGGGUCUUGUCUGCAAGCGAAGACCCUCUCUCACAACUCCACAAUACAAAAAAUGACCCACUGAUCCGGAGCAGACCCCUCAGUGAUAUAUAUCCAUCCCAGAACCACUCUGAAAGAAGUGCAGUCCCAUACCUGCUGUCUGGAUAUGGUGCCCAGGUGCAACCAAUGAGUGCUGGUAUUCACUCUGAUGAGAGCAAACUGAAUGUUAUCAACUCCUCUGCUUGGUCCAGCUCAGUUUCAUGUCAGCCUGAAGGAAAGCCCUACUCCUCAAGAAUUAUGAGGCUUUUUUCUAACUCAAGGAAGGGUGCCGUCACUGCUCAAAGUCCAAAUGCAGAUGAUCCAACCUCAGCUCAAGGCAGCGGACUUUCAGGCAUAGGUGUUGUGGACUCCUUCAAAAAACUGCGGUCGUCUGUGCUUCAGGGUAUUCAGACCAGAGGGGCAUCAAACCUUGAUGGAGAUAAUGCUCCGUUGCCCAAUCACGAAAGGGCUAAUGGCACAGUUGUAAAUAAUUCUAAUCUGUGUGUAGCGGAUCUAGCAAAUCAUUCAAAGAGCACUGAAGGAUAUACUGUUUCUAAUGGAAGUUUUACAAGCCAAACAUUGGCUUUGUUAAGCCAGUACGGCUCAGAUAAUGAUGACUACGAUGAUGAGGAUAAUUAUGGGGAUGGUCUCGCGCGCAAUUCACGAUUGUCCAGGAGUAUCAGGAGAGCGUAUGGAGCGGGGCGCAUCACUUUAUUUGACUCUGGGAAUGGGAGAAAAGCAGGAAGCAAUGCAAAUACCACUCAGAAAUCAGAUCAGACAUCAAAGCUCGAUGUUCAAACUGAGAAUACGAGUGACAACACAAAUGUGAAGGUGCUGAGCAGACUGAGCAAAAGUGCAGAGAACCUCCAUCUAUUCAGACGUAAAGCGCCAUCUCCAGGUCCUCCUUCCCCACAGGAAGACCUCCUGAGGACUAGCUUAUCAAAUGGGACAACAAACAUCGAAAGGACCUCCAGCACCUCCUCAGUUGAUCUCCGGGGCCAAGGUAUUACACGCAAGAAGAGCCCUGUUAAGACUAAGCCACCGAUGUUGAAGCUAGUCGGCAGCAUGACUGACUUAACUGUGCGACGCAGGCGAAGUCCCUCCCCGAGUUCCGCAUCUCUAUCUCCCAUGUCCCCCUCGAGCCGCCUCCAUGAUGACUACUCUCGCCGUGUGCCUUUCCUACAUACCAAUGAGCGACAGCGCCGGCCCAUGCUCGUCACGGCCCAGGCCACGUCUGUCGAGCACACUCCUCUGGUCCAUCCCCAGCCUGAACACAACAACAACCCACAACCCCACCAGGUGAUUAUCAGCGCCCCUUUCUGGGAGCCCCCCGAGACAACAGAGCAGACUUUACCUGAUAUCUCUGCUCAUUAUGAGUCGCCGGCUAUAGCCACAACAAGUGAUUAUAAACAGAUGGUAGAAUGCAGUUCAUCCCUAUUCAGCCAAAGAGAACAUUCACAGCAACGAGAGCAGACUGAGGGCAUCGCAUCACCAAAUGAGGUGAUGUCAGACCACCAAGGACGAGAAGCUCUUCUUCAAACGGAGGAGCUCUCCCCAUCAACCAGCAGCACACCUCCUAUCUCUCCAUCAUCCGCCUCAGAGUCACCCAUAUCCCCCACAUCUCCCACAGAUGAAGCCACACCUACCACGGAAACAUCCUCUGUCAAGUCCAGACAAAAAAGGGGGCGCUCGAGACCACGGCCCAUUUCUGACUAUGGACAGCUGCUUUCCAGGAAACAUUCCAUCCCCGAGGAAGUCGGAGAGCUUCUUUCUGAGGAAAGGAGUGCAAAUCCACUGCAGCGUAAAGACGGCACUGGUAAUGAUGCAUACAUGAACGGAGAGAGCCCUGAAAAUUCCAGCAUGAAUGGGGACAUUCAGGCCAGGAGGCAGCGGCCCAUCUCUGUGAUAGGACCAGUGGAUCUGUUCCCUCCUGAUGCUGAGCUGAAGGAAGACAACCUUCCCUCUGUGUUGUCGCGACCACCAAUCCCUUCCCAUCAGGUGCCCCCUUACAGAGGAGUGUCUGCCAGGUUUCGCCCCUCCGCUCUCUCCCAGAGUACCCCCAUCGGACUGGACCGCGUAGGCCGCCGUAGACUCCACAGGGUGCUCAGCGAUGGUGUUUCAGAGUGCUCUGCCACACUCGAUGACAGCGUGAGCGAGGAGGAGGAGGGCAGCUUCGACGAGCUCACUGACGUGACACCCUACCUCCAGCCAGGGGUGGAGCUCUCUGUGCUCAGUGAGUGGAUAAGCUCUGGCCACGCAGUUUAUGCUGAGGCUCUCUGGGACCAUGUGACCAUGGAGGAGCAGGAGCUGGCCUUCAAGGCUGGAGAUGUAAUCCGUGUCUUGGAGGCCUCACAUAAGGACUGGUGGUGGGGCAGGGGGGCCGACAGAGAGGCCUGGUUCCCCUCCAGCUUUGUGAGGGUGCGUGUGAAUCAGGAGCACUCGAGUGCUGAAAGUGUGGAGAGUGUAGCAGACCAGGAAGAUCCAGCUCCCAGAGACACACACAGCUCUCAGCACAGGCAGCAGAUGAGAACCAAUGUGGUUCAAGAAAUCAUGAAUACGGAACGCAUCUACAUCAAACACCUGAAAGACAUUUGUGAGGGUUAUAUCCGCCAGUGCCGGAAACACCCUGACAUGUUCACCGAGCUGCAGCUGAAAACCAUCUUCAGCAACAUAGAAGACAUCUACAAGUUUCAGAGGCAGUUCCUCCGAGAACUAGAAAAGAAGUACAACAAGGACCAGCCACACCUCAGUGAAAUAGGCUCAUGCUUUCUCCAGCAGGGGGAAGGCUUCUCCAUACUCUACUCGGAGUACUGUAAUACACAUCCCGCAGCCUGUGCUGAGCUGCAGCGGCUAAUGAAGUUGGGAAAAUAUAAGCAUUUCUUUGAGGCCUGUCGCCUCCUCCAGCAGAUGAUUGACAUCUCUAUUGCUGGUUUCUUACUUACACCUGUCCAGAAGAUCUGUAAAUACCCUCUGCAGCUAGGAGAACUGCUCAAGUACACGCCCAAAGACCACAGCGACCACAAUGGAGUGAGCGAAGCAUACGAGGCUAUGAAGAAUGUCGCCAGUCUAAUCAAUGAGAGGAAGAGACGACUAGAGAGUAUCGACACCAUUGCUCACUGGCAGGUCGCCAUAUUGCACUGGGAGGGACCUGAUGUGUUAGAGCGCAGCUCAGAGUUGAUCCACUCCGGUGAGCUGACUCGAAUUGUCCGGCAAGGCAAAAUGCAACAGCGCAGCUUCUUCCUGUUCGACCAUCAGCUGGUCUACUGUAAAAAAGACGUGCUGCGCAGAGACCUGCUUCACUACCGUGGACGACUGGAUAUGGACCAGACUGAGGUGGUGGACGUGCCCGACGGACGGGACGCGGACCUGGGACUGACCCUGAAGAACGCUAUGCGCUUGCGCCACGCCUCCACUCUGGAGUUUAUGUGUGCGCUUUGCUGCAGGAAGGCCGAGGACAAGCAGAGGUGGUUACAAGCGUUUGCCAAGGAGAGGCACAGAGUCAAGGAGGACCAGGAGAUGGGAAUUGAUAUCAGCGAAGAGCAAAGGAGACGGGCAAUUGUUAAUGCCAGAAGGGCCAAACAGGGGAAGAUCAAAAAUGUUGGUUACUCUGGUUCUGUCCCCCCACACCCCCAAAACUUGCACCAAAACCUUCACCCACUUCACCAGCGUCACAUCACCAUCCCAACCAGCGUGCCUCAGCAGCAGGUGUUUUCACUGGCUGAACCUCCAAAGCGAAAGCCUCAUCACCUGUUGUACAGCAUCACCCGCAACGCCUUUUUCAGGAAAUGAAGCUUGGCUUCCUUUGUUUCUUUCUCUGCAUGUUCAGAGCCAAACCGUCCUGAAGUCUGAAAGAACGCCGUGUUUCUCCUGUAAUCCUGUCUGUAAAUGUCACGUUUUGUUUUUGUGCCUCGUGUGCGUCAUAAUGUUUGUGUUGAAUGUUGAAUCUCAGUGCCUAAAAUUUGUAAAAGGGCAUGACAAAAGUGUUAAAAUACUGACUGUCCAUUUUAUAGGUGUGUGUGGAACAAUGCUGCUCAUUCAGAAAACACCCAUCCUGUUUUCUCCUAUUAAUUCCAGCUUAAAGACUUUUUUACUUUAAUUAUGACAACGAUUCAUAUUCUGCUUUCACAUUGACAAACAUGGGUUUUGUUAUUUUACAAAGGCUGGACCCUUUUUUGUGUGUGUGUGUGUGUGUGUGUGUGUGUGUGUGUGUGUGUGUGUGUGUGUGUGUGUGUGUGUGUGUGUGUGUGUGUGUGUGUGUGUGUGUGUGUGUGUGUGUGUGUGUGUGUGUGUGUGUGUGUGAGAGAGUCUGUCAGCUCUGAGCACAAAGCAGCCAGAGAGUAAAUUAACCGGCACGUUGACCUCCCCCGUUAACAU